GUCGCCACAUGGACUCGAACUCCAAUUUAACAUGGAAAUGGAAAUUCAUGAACGAAAGCUGGAAGCAAAACGUCCCAUCUCUGCUGUGCAAUGCCAGUGAAGAAAAUUAUAAUCAAAAUAUGACGCCACCUAGAACUGAGCUCCACUGUAACCUUAGUGUCGAUUUGUUCAGCGAUAUGACGUCACUGUUGUUCUCCGCGGAACUUGUUUCUGGGUGGCGAUAUGUUCAUUUCCAGUGUUUUGAUGCAUUCAACGAAUCACAGCAUAAGGAUAUCUACCUUAUGGAUACCAAAAUAGGUCUGUACACUCAGCUGCCGCUCUACUGGGCUAUUGUACUGACCGUCGUACCUUUCCUCAUAUACCUCGUCACGUCUGCCUUUCUCAUAUCAGUUAUUGUUAAAGGAAGGACGGUUAAGGCAAAACAACCCAAAGAGGAAACCAAAGACGAUUGUACAGACGGAAACACAGACACGAACAGGAAACGACCAGCAGCCCGGAAUAACGUGCACUUUGAAGAAGGGCAAAUUCAUGUCUGGUUAGAAAAUGUACACUGAUUAGAAUCGAGCAACGUCACCCAAGACGAUGACGGGCUGUAUGCAAAUGCAGAUACCGUGUCAGCGUACGCCUACAUGGAACAUGAAAUUAUCGAGUAGUAACACCAGAAGGGACUUUUAAUAUUCGUGAUUACUUGGUUCCUUCAAAUUAAUAUUAUUAUUUGAAUCUCUUUGUUUUAAAUACAUAUAUGUACAUAGUUAUAUUAAUUAUUAAAUAAACGAAUGUAUGUGUUUUUGUGUCUCU